CAUUCUUCUAUUUUUCUCCAUAAUGGAUCCACAACAUGGAUCUCCGCCACCAUCGUACGCACAAGCUGUCGCAGACACUGACGACGUCAUUCCGGAAUCGAAGAAAACUGCAUCUCCCGGGGACUUGGUUGUUUCGAGAAAAGAAGCUGGACAAGUCGUCGUGGCAACACCGUACAUGUAUUACGAGAAAGUUGCUCCAUCAUUCAAACCCUACCAGGAAUAUUGUCCAAGAUGCAGAUGUACCGUUGUGACAGUUGUCGAAUACGAAAUGGGAUGUUUCGCUUGGCUUAUUAUCAUAUUGAUUAUCUUCGUCGCCUUUUUCCUCAUCUACAUCCUUUGUUGCAUUGAUAUCCGUGACGCAAUUCAUCAUUGUCCGAACUGUGGAAUGGUCCUGUCGCGUAAAAAGAGAGGAUAAUUUUUGAGAAUCUCAACAAGUGAAAGCCCAAUUCGUGUACUCGUUUAAAUUGCACUCAAUCACUUAUAACGUUCGGAAUAAAUAUUUUGUCGGGGUUUCUUGGCGGGGUAAACCACCUCGUCCCA